CUUCCUCGUGACGUUGCGCACGUAGGGGCAGGUGGUGCAGGCGAAGCGGUGGCAGCGCGGCCCCUCCUCGGCCACCAGCACGUUGCCGCAGGCCGGGCAAAAGAGCAGCAUCGCCGAUUCCGCGGCGCCGACCGCCCCUUCCGGCGCGACGAUGGCGGCGGCGGCGGCGGAGCCCGAAGAGGAGCUGGCGCACGCCGAGGUGCUGGAGCUCUUCCAGGCGGCGCUGGCGCGCCUGGUGCAGGACCCGCUGCUCUGUGACCUCCCGCCGCAGGUGACGGCGGAGGAGAUCGGCUCGCAGGUGGCGCUGGAGUACGGGCAGGCCAUGACGGUGCGCGUCUGCAAGGCGGACGGCGAGACCAUGCCGGUGGUGGUGGUGCAGAACGCCUCGGUGCUGGACCUAAAGAAGGCGCUGCGGCGGCACGUCCAGCUGCGGCAGGCACGGCAGGGCGGCGUGCAGCACCUCAGCUGGAAGUACAUAUGGAGGACGUACCACUUAACCUACGGCGGGGAGAAGCUGGCAGAUGACAGAAAGAAGCUGCGAGAGUAUGGCAUCAGAAACCGGGAUGAGGUCAGCUUCAUAAAGAAGCUUCGAAAGUAACCUGUCAGAAACUUGAGUUCAACCAAGUCAUUGUUCUCAGAAGACAGGACACACCAUGAUACUUCUGGUCAUAUUUCUGUGCAACUGAAGCAUUUAAGAACAGGAAGCACUAGUAGCAUGUAUUUUUACCUGUUUGUAAUCUAUACAGACAUGAUUCUGGCAUUAUGCUGCUAUUUUAUAAAGUUGUGCACACAAACACAAGAUGUGGCCAAGACUCAAGCUUAGUUAUUUUAAAAUUAUCUGUGCUUCCCCUCCACAUCUGAAAACACAGUCACAGUGUCUGAAGAGCAGUGGCAAGAGCAGCUUUUCCAAAUGCUUGGGUUUUUGUUUUGUGGCUCCAGGUACCUGGGUUAGAAACUGUUGCUUUUGUGACCACAGUAACCUUUUUUCUUCUUUCAACACUGCCACAUUUGCAACAUCCAGUGUAAUAAAAUGUGUAACAGAAGCCAUCUGCCGCAUGGUGCCUGUGCCCAGCAGUCACCUAUGUCACUGGCUGAUCCACCUCACUGGUGGUGUGGUGAUAAGAGAGCCCAGCAUGCAGAAACUAUUGUCACUGCCAGAUAUUUUCUUUCUCUAACACAGAGUGCAGAGAAUCCAGCCCUAUCAAGAGCAGCGUGGGGAUCCGGCACUAUCCUGGAGGAGAAAGGUGGUAUCAUGUCAAAGAGAAACAAACUCCAGUUGAAAUGGACAUUCUCACAUGGUUUUUUGCAGUUGCUAUUUGAAAUGUCUGCCUCUGAGCUGUAAGUGGAGUGCACUUGCAGUGAUUAAAGAGACUCUCUUUUUUUUCUGA